UACACAUAUAACAAUAAACUGGAUUGAGGCCACAACCGGAACCGGUGCAAUUACUCUCAGCCGACAAGACGGUGUCGUUAUUCAAUACCCAUAAGAGUUGGCUGAUUUUGCAGUUCUCAGUUGCAGCGACUAGAGCGAAUAUGAGAUCUCACAAGAAUACGACAUUGAGUAGAAGACCUCCCGUUCCCCACCUGCUCUUCGUUGCCGCUCUUUUCUCUCUCCUCGUUUUCGCUAUCCAAUCCUCUUUCUUCUCAGCAGCUCGAAAUUCGGAUCUCAGCAAUGAAGAAAUCAGUGCUUUAUCCGAUUUCCAGUCAUCUGUUCAGCAAUGCGUGGCAAACAAAGGGCUCGGUCUGACGGCACAGAUCGUUGACCUUUGCAAAUUGACGCUUAAGUUCCCUGAAGGCACUAACAGCACCUGGUUCAAUGUGCAAUUCAAAAUUUAUGAACCGUUAGAGUACCAUUAUGAUGUUUGUGACGCAAUUCUAUUGUGGGAACAGUAUCGUAACAUGACUACAGUGCUGACAAGAGAAUACCUUGAUGCCCGGCCAGAUGGGUGGUUGGAGUAUGCAGCAAAAAGGAUAGCUCAUUUGGGAGCUGAUAAAUGCUACGACAGGAGUCUUUGUGAGGAACACCUUAAUUUGAUUCUACCUGCUAAAUCCCCUUUUCAUCCCCGGCAAUUUGGCACUUGUGCUGUUGUUGGUAACUCAGGAGAUCUCCUAAAGACUGAGUUUGGAAAAGAGAUUGACAGUCAUGACGCUGUUAUAAGAGACAAUGAAGCUCCUGUUAAUGAGAAAUAUGCCAGGCAUGUUGGACUAAAGAGGGAUUUCCGCCUCGUAGUUCGUGGUGCUGCUCGUAACAUGGUUAAGAUUCUCAAUGGAUCUACGGAUGAAGUACUCAUAAUCAAAAGUGUGACCCAUAGAGACUUUAAUGAAAUGAUAAAGAGUAUUCCAAAUCCUGUUUAUCUCUUCCAAGGAAUUGUGCUACGCAGAGGUGCCAAGGGAACUGGAAUGAAAUCUAUUGAACUGGCGCUUUCAAUGUGUGACACUGUUGACAUAUAUGGAUUCACAGUUGAUCCUGGCUAUACUGAGUGGACGCGGUACUUCUCUACUCCAAGGAAAGGGCACAAUCCACUUCAAGGACGUGCAUAUUAUCAGCUCCUAGAGUGCCUUGGUGUCAUUAGGAUUCAUUCUCCCACGAGAGCCCAAAGGAAACAAGACUGGUCAGAUGUUCCCAGUCGAGAAAUGAUAAGCAGAGCUCAUGCUGCUGCCUUGCACUUAAAGAGGGGUCGUGGGCCAGGACAGUUCGGAAGUUGUAAGGUGUGGGGCAAUGUGGACCCUGACAGCAAUGGGCCCAUCUCAGGAUCUUCAGACAUGAGUGAUGUCAGGAAACACUCAAAUUACAAUAAGUGGGAGGUCAUGCCAUUUGAAAGUCUAAGAAAGGAGGCACGUGAUCACUAUGUCCAAAUGGAAAGUGUCUCUUUCUACAAAAUGGAUGGCAAUAAAUUGGAUGAUCUGGUAUGCGUCAGGCAUUCCUUGAAAUCCGAAGCAUAAGCAUAAGCAUAAGCGCAGCUGUGUUUUUGUGCUUCAGUUGGUUGCAAGGAGGCAGAUCUCUGUUGGUUAUUAUCAAUAUGGCAUGAAACUAACUUCCUUUGAGAUGAGCCUCUUGGAUGAUGAAACACAGGGCGGUCCUAGCACCCCAAUCCCCCACACCAACACCCGCAAACCAAACCAACCCCACCCCCCUCAACGCCCCAACCCCCUCUCCAACAACCCAACAAAGAAGAAAAAAAUAGUUUUGAAAAUUAAAAGUUUUACCCAUAAUUUUUUUUUAAACUUACUGUUUGCCCAACAAAAAAAAAUUAAAAUUAAAAUUUUACUUUCAAAUUUGAGUGUAUUUUUUUCAAAAAAAAUUAUUUGGUCCUCCAAUAUUUUUAUUUUUAUUUUUGUUUUGACCUUUGCACUUUUAUGUAAAAUUCAUUCAUAUUUUUUUUAUUUUCUUUUCAAUUUUUUUUUUGGCCCCCCAAAUAUAAACUUCUAGUUCUGCCCCUGCCACAAUAAUUUAAUGACUCAAGUGAAGUGAUUAAAUAUUUAUCAGCUGUUCCCAAUGAAAUUCUUGAAAUUUACCCAUUGUAGCAACAUAUCCAUGUGCAAGGGGUGUAACAUGAAAUACAAACUACUACUGUAUUUCUCAUCGGAGAAAGUGGCAUUAUAGGAUUUUUCAACUUCUACACACGCAAAGGAGACAGUGUUUGCCAAUUCACUGGUCAAAACCCUCCUGCUUUUUGAGAAUUCUUCUGAGGGAUUAUCGAUUGGCAAUAGUUCGUUGUUCAUUGAAACUGCAAUGUGAGUAUUUGUUGAGCAUUCUUUAUAUAGUGGUUCACCAGGUUUGACAUGUGUACUGCUUCAAUGCAUUUUAGCAUUUUAAGGAUUUUCGAGAGAGCAUCAGAUUCAGUGGUUUGAGGGUUUGCUGGUUCAUUUUGAGCUAUAUCAUUUUACUUUUUGAAACUAUUUAACUUGCUGUCAUCAUAUAAUGAAAUUUUGUCGUGUUGCAAAACUGUUA